GAACAGCCCCGCCUACAUCAAUCAUCCAUCCAAGGAAGUUUUCGCCGUCCCAGAAACACUUGUUCUGGUUUGGAGGUAGAAAUAGUACAUCAAGUUCAUCCAAGUUGGACUCCCCAACCAAGAGGAUCCAACUCAGAGCGGAAUGGCGACGUCGGAUAUGCUGAUCGUCGUGUUGCUGGCGACCGUGUUCCUCCUUGCUGUCGCGCCGGCGGCCUCGCAGCCUCUCGGCGGUGGUGUGGGGACCUGCAGCAACGAACAGCCCCUCGAGCAACGUGAAGAGAUAGCCAAUAUUGUACUUUCUGGUUUUGUUGGGAAGGUCAUGAGGAAACCUAGAACUUUACAGUAUGUCUGUGAGAUCCAAGUUGUCCGGGUUUUAAAGGGUGAAAACGCCCUGCAUCAUGAAAUCGCCCCGCCGAUGGACAUGGAAAACAACCAGGUGAUGGUGACGGGUUUCGGAGACCCUGCGAUUUGCGACAGCAGGGCCCAUGUAGGGGAUGUUCGUAUUUUGCUCCUCGGGACGGAUGGUGGACGACAUCUCAAACUGAAUUCCAGUCUUGUGCGAAUCACCCUGGGUAACUUGGAUCGUGCCCAGGCCGCUGUUUCUGGUAAGAUUUUAUUAAAACUCAUUUCAAGUUUGCCUACCCCAAGUUGA